CAGGAUUCAACAUAAAUUCAGUUCUUGGUGCUAACACUUUUGCAAAACUUAGCUUAUUUGUAAAACACAUAGAAAUUCUGUCAAUAUUGUUUGCAUUAAGGUGAUCAGUGAUCAUAAUGUUGGACACAUAUACUGUGAAGGUUGAAGAAUCAAGGCCUGCAACUGAGAAAAAGCCGUCUGCUGGGCCUGUUUAUAGGUGCAUUUAUGCUAAAGAUGGUCUCUUGGAUUUGCCUGAUGGAAUGCAUUCUCCGUGGGAGUUCUUUAGGGAUUCGGUUAAAAGGAACGCAAAUAACCGAAUGCUGGGUCGUCGAGAAACCACAGAUUCCAAGCAAGCUGGUCCUUAUGUAUGGAUCACAUACCAGGAGGCUUAUGAUACCUCUCUUAGAAUUGGUUCUGCCAUGAGGAGCCGCGGUGUCAAUCCUGGAAACCGAUGUGGUAUAUAUGGGUCCAAUUGUCCAGAAUGGAUUAUUGCUAUGGAGGCUUGUAACAGUCAAGCUAUAACAUAUGUACCACUGUACGAUACUCUUGGUGCUAAUGCAGUGGAGUUCAUCAUUAACCAUGCUGAAGUUUCAAUAGCCUUUGUUCAAGAGAACAAGCUCCCUGCUAUUGUAUCAUGCCUUCCAGCAUGUUCUGCUUACUUAAAAACUAUUGUCAGCCUUGCAAAUGUUUCUAGCACACAGAAGAAGGAAGCUGAACGACUUGGGGUAUCUCUCUUUUCUUGGAAAGAGUUCUCUGAGCUGGGUUCUUUGGAAUGUGAACUUCCUCCAAAACAGAAGACUGAUAUCUGCACAAUAAUGUAUACUAGUGGAACAACAGGAGAACCAAAAGGAGUCGUUCUUACAAACAGGGCAAUCAUGACAGAAGUGUUGUCCAUAGAUCAAUUAAUAGACAUUACAGACAGAGCGUGUUCGGAAGAAGAUACAUAUUUCUCCUUCCUUCCUCUGGCUCAUGUAUAUGAUCAGAUGAUGGAGACCUAUUUCAUCAAAAAAGGUUCCUCAAUAGGAUUUUGGCGAGGGGAUGUCCGGUUUUUAAUGGAAGAUGUUCAGGAACUAAAGCCAACUGCAUUUUGUGCGGUUCCAAGAGUUUAUGACCGCAUAUACACUGGUAUUGUUAACAAAAUUUCGUCUGGUGGUCUACUUCGGAAGAAAUUGUUCCAGUAUGGCUAUAACUACAAAUUAGGAAAUAUGGAGAUUGGAUUCCCACAAGACAAAGCAGCCCCUCUCUUGGACAAAUUGGUCUUUGACAAGGUAAGACAAGCAUUGGGAGGCAAAGUUCGUAUGAUGUUUUCUGGUGCAGCACCGUUGCCUAGGCACGUAGAAGAAUUUUUGCGGGUCUCUUGCUGCUCUAAUUUGUCACAAGGAUAUGGUUUGACUGAGAGCUGUGGUGGGUGUUUUACUUCCCUUGCCAACGUAAUGUCUAUGAUUGGAACUGUUGGAGUUCCCAUGACAACCAUUGAAGCAAGGCUUGAGUCAGUGCCAGAGAUGGGAUAUGAUGCACUUUCCAGUGUGCCACGUGGAGAAAUAUGCCUGAGGGGAAACACCUUGUUCUCAGGUUACUACAAGAGACAAGAUCUAACUGAUGAAGUUAUUGUUGAUGGGUGGUUUCAUACAGGUGACAUUGGCGAAUUACAAUCGGAUGGAUCAAUGAAAAUCAUUGACAGGAAAAAGAAUAUAUUCAAGCUUUCUCAAGGUGAAUACGUUGCUGUGGAGAAUGUUGAGAACACAUACUCCCGUUGCCCUCUUGUAGCAUCGAUCUGGGUUUAUGGGAACAGUUUUGAGUCAUUUCUUGUGGCCGUGGUAGUCCCUGAAAGAAAGGCACUAGAGGAUUGGGCAAUACAACACAAUGAAGCUAUUGAUUUCAAAUCAUUGUGUGAAAACCCCAAGGCAAGGAAGUACAUUUUAGACGAGCUAAACAGCACUGGUCAGAAGCAUCAACUUAGAGGCUUUGAGUUGUUAAAAGCAGUGCACUUGGAACCAAAUCCCUUUGACAUGGAAAGGGACUUGGUAACCCCAACAUUUAAACUAAAGAGGCCACAACUGCUCAAAUACUACAAGCAAAGAGGCCAAAGGUGUAAGAGCAGUUCUGAGAGCAAGAACCUCGUAUUCAGCUUGUGCCAUUUACCAGUAGUUGCUGAAACUUGUUUCUGUUUGUUUCAAAAUCUUAAUGAAAGAAAAUUGAUCUCCUUUAGUGUUGACUGCUACGUUUGUCCUGGGCCAUGCUCUUCAACUGAAGGUGCUAAUGGUUCUGGAAUCUCCUUGCCCUUUGAGUCUGGUCACAAAGUUGGUUUUGUUCAACAACUGCCCUCAUUGGAACCUCCUUAA